AAUUACAUUCAGAAUCUGGAAGAUAAAGAUAAAACUUGUGAAAUUUUCGUAAACAAGACUAUGGAAGAAAUUUCAAAAGCAACAAAUAAAGAAAUUUAUGGUGUACUUCUUAAUAAAAUUCAGGCUGCAGAAGCCGCAAUAAAUAAUUUAGAGAUUCGUGAAAAAGAAUGUCAAGAAUUUUUCACAGAACAAAAUAUUGCAACUACUAAUUUUAGUAUAAACACCAAUCAAGAUCAAUUAGCAGGUUCUAUUGAUAAUAUUGAGGAGGGUAUCGUUAAUCUCACAGAAAAUGUAUCUGAAAUCAAAGAGGAUAUUAAGAAAAUUGCUGUGAUGUUAAAAGGAUUUGAAGAUUUUAAUGAUGCUUUAAAAAAAGACAUUAUCGAAAAACCAUUAAAUCUACAUAAUUUCUCCAGAACGGAGGAAGAGCGUGGUAAUACCCGAAAAUGGAUAAGAAAUUCUGAUAAUUAUGAAGCGGCUUUUACUGAAAUGAAUUCCCUUCUGGAAGGCUUUUAUUUUGAAAUCAGUAUGCUAAAAAGACUUCAAGAGUCACAUGAUAUAAUCCAAUUUUUUGGUAUGGUUGAAAAUGAACGUCUAUCAAAAACUUAUUUGGUUACUGAAUGGUCAAAAUAUGAUACAUACAAUAUUUUACAUCAUGAUGUGCGAAGUGCUAAUAUCAUGAUCGACUCUUAUAAACAUGCUAAACUGGCCAAUUGUAGUAUGAGCCGUCGCUUUGCUAACGCUUCAAAAAACCUUAAAAACGUCAUUGAUGCUAGUAGAUAUAAGACUCCUGAAAAAAUAAAAUAUAGUAAUUACAAAUAUGAUUCAAGAUAUGAAAUCACUGAAACGGAUCUUCCAUUUUCAAAUAUUGAAACACAUAUCAUAGAGACCGAAAUUUUGAAAACUCCACUUCCAUUAACAUUUAGAAAUGAUGUACCUGAAAAAUGGAAAAAGCUUCUUUUUAAAGAAUACUUUUCAAACUUAAAAAGUUUAAGUGAAAAUUCAGAUACGUCCACAAACAAAAAAACACCUCCGACACUUGCUUCUUUUAUCAGAAGUAUUAUGCCAAUCGAAGAAGCAAUUAAACAGCACAGUUUAAAAGAUGAAGAUCGACUUAAACAAACUGCAAAUUUAUUUAAAGAAGCAGCCGAUGAAGGGGACAUGAUGAAGGCACAAAUUCAAUAUGCAAGUUAUUUGUGUAAUGUGUUGGCACUGGACAUAUGUCUAACUAUUUUUAUGCUAUUGGACUGGACUGGACUUGGACAUAUGUCCAGUCCAAUAUGUCCAAUAUAUGUUGAUUUAUAUAUUACACAAUAUCCAUUGUCCAAUACUUUUUGGUCCAAUGGAUUGGACUGGACUGGACAAAUGUGGUCCAAUGUCUAUGUCCAAUACCCAAGCCCAACACUGCCCGUGG